AUGUACAGUCUUAGGAUCUUCGUAUAUUUAUUGCUUAACUGUCUAGUGUUUGCUGAAAGCAAUGACAGGCUUCCCCUAUCUUAUAGAGCUACACCCGAAAACUUAUAUGAGCCACCAAGGUCAUCCGACUCUAUUUCCUUGCUUGAGUAUGUGAAUUCGAGGAGCGAUCUCAGCAUCCUUACACGAAUUCUCUCGGAAAGUGCAGGCUUCACGCAAGCUUUCAACACCAUACCUACAUGGAACUUUACAUUCUUCGCCCCUUCAGAUACUGCAUUCAACCACACCGGGGAAUAUUUCAAUACCUUUGCGGGAACGCCGAAGGGGAAAUGGUGGCUUGGGAACUUAGUACAGCAUCACUAUAUCCCGAACUCACAACUGAGGGUUUCUUCAUUUUCCACGAACUACACUCGAGUACAGACAGGAACGUUUCUCUAUGUCGGGGCACAAGUCGUCGACAAGAAGCUCGUGCUCAAUCGAGCAGCUACUGUGACUGAAGCAGAUAUCCCCGUGACGAAUGGUUUGGUACAUAUAAUCGAUCGUAUCAUUGACCCGUCAGCCAUGAUAUUUGAAGCGGAUAUCGAGAAGACGAAGCAGAGCUUUAUUGCUGGGAGCUGCUCAAAUCCCGAUCUGCCAUAUUGUUAA